AUGGCCUCGAACGUGACGCGCAACUGGACCAAUCAGUUCGCGCAGCCGCCGUGGCGCGUGGCUCUGUGGUCGGUGGCGUACGGUUCGGUUCUGACCGUGGCCCUGUUCGGGAACCUGGUGGUGGUGUGGAUCAUCGUGGCGCACCGCAGGAUGCGCACCGUCACCAACUACUUCCUGCUGAACUCCGCGUUCUGCGACGCCUCCAUGGCCGCGUUCAACACGCUCAUUAACUUCAUCUACGCGGCGCACGGGGACUGGUACUUCGGCGAGGCGUACUGCAAGUUCCACAACUUUUUCCCGGUCGCCGCGGUGUUCGCCAGCAUCUACUCCAUGACCGCCAUCGCCAUGGACCGGUACAUGGCCAUCAUCCAUCCUCUGAAGCCCAGAUUAUCAGCCACAGCCACUAAAGUGGUCAUUGUGUGUAUCUGGGUUCUCGCUGUGGUUCUGGCUUUCCCUCUUUGCUUCUACUCCACCAUCAGGAGUCUACCUCGAAGAACCAUCUGCUACGUCGCUUGGCCAAGACCAGCUGAAGAUUCAUUAAUGUACCACGCCAUAGUGUCUGUGCUGGUCUACAUGCUGCCCCUAGUGGUGAUGGGAAUUGCUUACACCAUAAUCGGAGUGACUCUGUGGGGAAGCGAAAUUCCAGGAGACUCGUCAGACAACUAUCACGGCCAGCUUCGCGCCAAGAGGAAGGUGGUGAAGAUGAUGAUUGUUGUAGUGGUGACCUUUGCCCUUUGCUGGUUGCCCUAUCACGUGUACUUUAUUGUCACUGGACUGAACAAACAGUUAAACAAGAGGAAGUCCAUUCAGCAGGUUUACCUCUCAGUGCUGUGGCUGGCCAUGAGCUCCACCAUGUACAACCCCAUCAUCUACUGCUGCCUCAACAACAGGUUCAGAGCGGGCUUCAAAAGGGCUUUCCGGUGGUGUCCUUUCAUCCGUGUAUCGACUUAUGAUGAGUUGGAACUGCGUACAGCGCGACUCCACCCACGUAAUCACAGCAGCAUGUGCACGCUGUCCCGCGUCGACACCAGCGUCCUCGGCGACGACCCUCACCAUGCCAACCGCAAGAGCACCAGGUCUGUGAACCACAGUGAGAUCAACGCCUCCAAAGCUAGUCCUCCUCCCACCAAAUACGGCCUGUACACCGACACAAGCUCCGCCUCCAAGCAAUUCGACUAAUGGCCAUGAAAAAUACGAAACCUUUUCUGUGUGAUUUCCUCUUGCUGAAAGCACGGAACCUCCUGGCAGAGGCAACCAGGUCAGAAUACAAGACGUCAUCAUGGUGAAAUAAAAAUGUUACAAAAAUGUGUUUGUAGUUCUUAAGUCUGUUGCUCUAAAAAUUGCUCAUAUUUAAUAUGAAUAUAAAUAAUCUGGUGCAGUAUCUCAAGAGAAAACAUUACCACAUGCUUUGUGGUAUGCCACACGCCGCACAGCUGUUUAAAACAUGCCGUGUCGUAGAAUCUUGAUGUCUUGUCUGAAGUGAUGACUGUAUUGAACACAUUAACUGCAUGCUGUGAUGCUGUGAGGUAUUUUAUGAUGAAGUGUGUGCCGAUGGUGUACUGUAUUUCUUUUAAACGUUGCUAUCGUUUCUAUAAACGAUUCCUCAUACAGUAUUUAUCAUAUAUGAUCACACAUUCGUGAGGUUUGAUGAUUUCCAGCCAUUUAGUGCCAUGAUCAUAAAAACAAGCUUGUAAAACUGUGACUGAUAUUUAAACGUUUAUUUUGUGAUGAAUAAAAGUGACUCAGAGUGACAUCAUGCGUUAAGAUUUCUUGUCCAAUCACUGACGUCCUAACGGUCAGAGCUGAUUGAUCGGAAACUAAUCAGCACCUUCUGACCAUAAAGAGUAACAGAAUGGUGUUGAGGUCAUUAAUACACGGUUCUGUUAUUAACACUAAGGAAAAGGCAGUUUCUCACCGUAAACACUGACGCCAAUAUCCGAUCUUUAAUCCGAUCUCAUUAAUCGAGCGAAACACAGACUGGUUCAAACUGCAGCUCUGACAGUCCUACAUCUCCAUCUGAAAACAAGAACAAGUUAAUCUUCUACUAGCUUUGUGCCUGCAUGUGACUCCUCAUGGGAUUGCCUCAGCGGGCAUGUCGUUUCUGAGAGAUCUCAUUCUCACUAAUCUGAGUCACUGGAUUUAAUGAAAUUGGUGUUUUUCUGAUGCCAUGAUUUCAGAACUGAGAUGGGCUUGGUUGUUUCUUCUUCCAUCUCUCAGUCACCAAACCUCUUCUGGUC